GUCGGGCCCAGGGGGAGCCGCCACCAUUGCGUCCAACGAGUGGAGCGCCAACGGUAGCCCAGAAGAUGGGCUGGACGGGGACAACGAGGACAAGACCAUUGACGGAGACGCCGAGGGCGUGUGGAGCCCGGACAUCGAGCAGAGCUUCCAGGAGGCCCUCGCCAUCUACCCUCCCUGCGGCAGGAGGAAAAUCAUCCUGUCAGAUGAGGGCAAGAUGUAUGGUCGCAAUGAAUUGAUAGCAAGGUACAUCAAGCUGAGGACGGGCAAAACCCGCACAAGAAAACAGGUGUCUAGUCACAUACAGGUGUUAGCACGGAAGAAAGUUCGUGAAUACCAGGCGGGUAUAAAGGAUCAGGCGUCUAAAGACAAAGCCCUGCAGAACAUGGCAGCACUGUCGUCUGCACAGAUCGUCUCCCCGAGUAUGAUAAAGAAUCACCUUCCACCACUGCCUCCUGCCCCCUACCAACCACCCAGAUUCUGGCCUGCUAUCCCAGGACAGCCUGGACCCUCUCAGGAGCUGGUUCUAGAUCUCAACCCGGGAAGGACUCCUGGGCUUUGCCGCACCAGCCAUGCCAUCAAACCUUUUGCACAGCCCCCGUUCACAAGCCUAUCAGGUCCUGUACCACAGCCCAUACCAAGUUAUGAGCCCUUGGCGCCUCCUCCUCCUCCAUCUGCUACUGCAGUGCCAGUGUGGCAGGACCGGACCAUCGCCUCCUCUAAGCUGCGGAUGCUGGAGUACUCGGCCUUCAUGGAGGUCCAGAGAGACCCAGACAACUACAGCAAACACCUGUUCGUCCACAUUGGACAGACAAACCCCUCGUACAGCGACCCGCUCCUCGAGGCCGUGGACAUCCGGCAGAUCUACGACAAGUUCCCUGAGAAGAAGGGCGGGCUCAAAGAGCUCUAUGAGAAAGGCCCUCAGAAUGCUUUCUUCCUCGUGAAAUUCUGGGCGGACCUGAACAGCAGCGGCAUGCAGGACGGUCCCGGCUCUUUCUACGGCGUCAGCAGCCAGUACAGCAGCCUCGAGAACAUGACGAUCACUGUUUCAACCAAAGUCUGCUCGUUUGGGAAGCAGGUUGUCGAGAAAGUUGAGACAGAAUACGCCCGCCUGGAGGGAGGAAAGUGUGUUUACAGGAUCCACCGCUCUCCGAUGUGCGAGUACAUGAUCAACUUUAUCCACAAACUCAAACACUUGCCUGAAAAAUACAUGAUGAACAGUGUUCUUGAAAACUUCACUAUCCUACAGGUGGUGACGAACCGCGACACCCAGGAGACCUUGCUCUGUAUAGCGUUUGUUUUUGAGGUUUCCACGAGUGAACAUGGAGCUCAGUAUCACGUCUACAGACUUGUUAAAGACUAACAGCUCUUCAGGGAGGUUUUUUUGGAAAAGCCAGACGAAAGCGUGACACAAUCUCUCUUCGACCAGCUCAACCAUCCAGGAAACAAAAAACAACAACAACAAGACAAACAUUCAGACAGUGCUAGGCUGAACUAACACGGACACAUUUUUAUGCUUUAAAAACAAGUCUCGUUUGCGAGGAAAUAAAAAGAAUCUCGACGUGCUGACACAGCAAAGAAAUUUUUGAAGAAUUACGGAUUUUUCAAACAACCAGUUAUUUUCCAUGUGUUUAAACAUGCUUUAGAUGAAGUGGGUCACUUUUGCCGAGGUAAUCGAUGGAGCCUGAAAUGUUUUACUGAGGGAACGAGAAUGUGUUUAGGGUUGAAAGGACUCUUAGAGUAUCGGCGGAGGAUCACGCUCCGAGCAAUAAGAGAAGUGUACAUACAGAUUAAAGAAGUAGAGAGAACAGGACCACGGAAGGGGGGAAACCAGAGCCAAGUGGUGUUGUUGCAGUAGGUGUGUUAGGAAAGCAAGUGCCUUUUCUCCAAAGAUUAUAUCAUUGCCUGCCACUUUGGAUCGCCUUUUUUUUUUUACUACCUCUUGUUUUUAAAUGAACAGAAAAAAGACAUGUAUUUUGUCCAAAAAAUUGGAAAGAAGCGCCUCAGAUUGACAUCUUCAGAGGCGUUUUUUUGUAUUUGAGCACACAGAGGAACGGGACGGGAUUACUAAUUUUCAUGUAGCCUGUUUUUACAAAAAAGAUCGUCCCAAGUUUUACAGUCCAAGUGUCUAGGGAGAAGGUUUAUUGUGUUACCGUACUAUUUAGGUUCUGCUUUUUUUUUUAAAUGUUUUAUUACACAGAUUAAAAAUCAGGUCUUACAAGCAUCUAUCUAUAACUGACUUUUGACACUAGGGAUGCCUUGUACCGUUGCUAGCCUGACAUAAAGCCAGGGCUUUGCCAUCCUUACGAGAUCCCCUGUUAUUUCUCUCUGUGCGAAGACGUGUGCUUGGUUGCACUUAAAAAGAUCAAGAAGGGGGGAGGUGAAGCAACAGCAGUGCUUAUUUUCUGCCUUGAGUUAUGUAGCCUAAUUGAAACUUGUUUCUGUACUGUGAGUCAGUGGAUGCUAAAGGAAUAUGUGUUACAUAGGAGUAUUUUUUUUCUUUUGGAGGGUCGGGGGGGCUUUCUGUUCAUAUUUGUGAUCAAUUAACUCAGCACAGAGACCGCGGUUUAAGUGGAGAGAAGUUAAUCACUGUUUCUUUUGUUUAAAAAAGAGAUUGUACGCUGUGAAGUCGGCUCAUUUUGCUUCACCCUUCUCCGGUGUAACAUGUGGAGAAGCUGCAUCCGUUGAUAAAAGUUCAGUUUGGAUGUUUGAGACAGUUGUUUCACGUGAAAUGAAUUUUGAAAUCAAAUGAAAUGAUUGUCUUGAAUGCGAGCUGUUGUCUCUGUGCUGCGUGGAGUAUGACCAUUGAUUGUUAUUUAUAGGGUUGGAUAAGAGAUAGCGGGAGGGCGGGGGUGGGAGCGGGUACUGCAGAUGUGUUGAUCAUUUUCCACUGUGAUGGAGAUGUUUUUAAAGUAUUGCAGGACUCACAUUAGAGACAGGAGAACUGUCGUCCCGUGGAUCCUGCGAAACAAGUGUCUACUCUGUGUGGUUCACUGGACAAUUGUGCUAUAAACAAAUUUAAGAUAUUGUGCGGCGGAAUAAUUGCACCUGGCUUUGAAUGUCAUAUUUCACAAGCUAGAUACAAUAACACUCCUCCUCUAGCAGGACUCUCAAUUCAUCUUUUAUACAGACUAUUCUUUUUCGCCAUUAUCAAGAUUAAUGUUUUGUUUUGAUUCUGUUGUCUUUUGACUUUCAGUGUUUGCCAUAUGCUCCACUGAAAAUAAUGUGUGAUUGUGCUGAUAUUGAUAAUUAAUAAUGAGAUAUCUAAUGUAUCAUAUUCUGAAUGGUGUGGGCAGUUUUUUUUUUUGUUUUUGUUUCUUUUCUUUUUUUUGGUUUAAGGUGGUUUACUGUUGUCUUUGUUACCAUUGUGCAUUGCAAUUUUAUACUUCAAAGUAGAGGUUGGACUAUGUAAUCAAACAAAUGUAUCUAACAAUAAAAGACGCAUGGUGCCUUUGGGGCCAUUUUCCCCAGAAAACUUAUUAAAAAUGUUUGUAAGUCUG